CCCGGUUGCCGCGCGACGUCUAACUCGGAGGCUGCGAGGGGGUUUUAUAUGGAGAAGGAGGGAAAUGAAAGGAAAUGAUGGGGGAAUCGAGGGAGUGGCAGAAAUCCGGAGAAAGACGCCUAGGUCUGGGGAAGAACACUGCAGAUAAAUAUGAUUAGAGAGAAGGAGUACAGAAAGAAGAAGGAGCAGGAUUCGGGAACUGAUGAAAGGAACGCACCUGAGGCUCGCGCUACUUCCCGAGAAGUUCUGCGCAUCGGAACUACUUUUUUCUCCUUCUGCGUGAUUUCAUCUCACAAAAGGAUAAAGUAACGAAACCAGACAAAAUAACGUUAUGAAAUUCGCCCGGAGACCCUGACUGAGACGUGAAGCCCGUCCUCCUGCACAAAGUGACCCCGGAGCGUCGAAUCCCACGUUCAUGACCAUGGGGACGUCGGGGUGCUCGAACAUGACCGACGGGACGGGCGGCGGUGCUCCAUACCCUCUGCGGGCGUCUCUGGUGGUGCUCGUGGUGCUGCUCAUCCUCCUCACCGUGUUCGGGAACGUGCUGGUGGUGAUCGCUGUGUUCACGAGCCGAGCGCUGAAGGCUCCUCGGAACCUCUUCCUGGUCUCCUUGGCCUCGGCCGACAUUCUGGUGGCGACGCUGGUCAUGCCGUUCUCGCUGGCCAACGAGCUGAUGGGUUACUGGUAUUUCGGGCAGGCGUGGUGCGAGGUGUACCUGGCGCUGGACGUGCUGUUCUGCACCGCCUCCAUUGCCCACCUGUGCGCCAUCAGUCUGGACCGCUACUGGUCCGUCACGCGAGCCGUGGAGUACAACCUGAAGCGCACGCCUCGCCGUGUCAAGUGCGUCAUCCUCGCGGUGUGGGUCAUCGCCGCCGUCAUCUCCUUCCCGCCUCUCAUCACCAUGGAGAAGGAGGGACAUCAAGAGGCGGGGCGUCCCCUGUGCAAGAUCAACGAGGACAAGUGGUACGUCAUCUCGUCCUGCAUCGGCUCCUUCUUCCUGCCCUGCGUCAUCAUGGUGCUCGUUUACGUCCGUAUCUACCGGAUAGCCAAGAGCAGGACCAGAGGAAGAGGAAGAAAAGAAGAAGACGAACUACGGAGGAGGAACGACGCUGAAAAGGAGGAGAACGGCAACGGACAGCGUCGCGACGAGCCAGACGGGAAGCAGGACGAUGGCGCAGAGGAUUCGUCCUCGUCCGACCACAAGGACGACGACGCUCGCUCCGACAGGAAGAAGCGGGUCAAAGGCGCAACCAAGACCAGCCGAGUCAAACCAGGGGACGAGGCGGGUCAGCGUUCCACGCGGCAGGGCGUUGCUCGAGGGCGCUGGAAGGGCCGGCAGAACCGUGAGAAGCGCUUCACCUUCGUCUUGGCCGUCGUUGUCGGGGUCUUUGUUGUCUGCUGGUUCCCUUUCUUCUUCACGUACACGCUGACGGCGCUCUGCGACUCGUGCUGCGUUCCCACCACGCUCUUCAAGUUUUUCUUCUGGUUCGGCUACUGCAACAGCUCGCUCAACCCCAUCAUCUACACCAUCUUCAACCACGACUUCAGGAGGGCUUUCAAAAAGAUCCUGUGCAGAGGAGAACGCCGGAUCGUGUGACCCGAGCAUCGCUUUGCCGUAUUUUCGGAUCGGCACGGGUUUAUCGGGUCGUUGCGGACCUUUGACCCGUUUUAUGGUCGUUACGAUGAGAUGAACACUGUCACGUCGAUGUAAAAAGAGCGGCUUCGCACAGAGCUGUUUCAUCUCCUCCCCACCCCCAGAUUGUACAGGACACGGCGGCCUGCGACUUAAUGAUACGGCAUUAGUGUGAUUUACGGCGAGCCGGGCAGCCGGAGGGGAAGUGUGUACAGUAAACAGUAAUACACGUCGCACCGCUGAAAUAUCGCCCUGUGAUUUGACACCUGCUAGUGUCGUACACCGAUAGAGCGAUAAGAAGAAAACAGCCUGCGGUGCUUCGCUCUGUAAAUAUCACAAAUCACAUGGUGGGAACCUGAGAGACACACACACACACACACACCGGCCGUCCUCGUUAAUGUGAUCGUCAUGUGUUUGGGGUGUGUGUGUGUGUUUUGUUAAAUAUGCAUAUUGUAGACAGAGAUGAUGUUUUUGCCAUAUCUGGGGAACAUCAGUAAAAAUGUAAAUGAAUUUCUCUCCUUAACGAUUUGAUGUUCGAAGAAAACAUGAAGAAUUACAAACACGUGGAACGAAAAGAACACGAGCCUCAUCUCCUGCUCUCGUCCGAGGCGUGCUGUCGGGUUUUUAUCAUCUCAGAGAUUUAUAUAUUUUUUCCGAGUGCUGAAAUCUAAUCUGUUAUGAAACUGUUAACCACUCAUUUUUUUUCCCAGGGAAUACGCGCACGCUUAAUAUGAGCCAUUAGGCAAAUUGACGUCGAGCCUCUCGCAGGAGAACCAAACAAACAGCCUCGUUUCACAGCAACGUGGUCCUCCCUCUCACUAAAGGCCAGAGAGGUGACCGUAUUCCUGCCGCUCGUGUCGCACACGAGGCUUGGCUGAAAUGAAACCUGUGAUGAAGCCCAGCUCUGAUUAACGUUUUCAGCUAUAGGUUGUGUAAAUACACACAGAGAGGUCAGAUACGAAGCUCUUGGGACAAAGACAUCACAGAGACUGGAGGGAACUGGGUUGUCACACAGUUCCUGUGUUUAUUCAUUCACACAGUUUGUGUUUGAGCUAAGUUUGUGUGGAAAUAUAGUGGGUCAGUAACACAACACCUAGAGGAGCUUUUCUCCUUAAAGAGCAGGCAGGAUUAUUUUUCUUUGUACUCUACAAUAUUUGGCCUUUACCCUGGAAAACUGACCCUUAAACUUCUCAGAGAUCCACCAAGAUUAAAUGGAGUUUUUAUCUAAAAUCAUGACUCUGUAUUCUGAUCUGUUUGUUCUUGAGGUUUAACACAUCAUCCUAAAACCAUAAAAUCAAACUCUGAUUAGAGAACAAAUGUUUCAUCAUCAAUUAUUGGGUAACCCUGCGGAUAUCCUCGUCCUGGAGAGUGAUUAUCCCGAUAUAUUUUGUCUCAGCUUCACAACAAAUUUUCACUAUUUUUUGUCCUGCUGAGGAACGACGGCACCGGAACUCACCCGAGAACAUUUACGACAUUUAGGUUGCUUGUUUGGUUGUUCAUGAACAAACUGUAGGUUGCUUUUUGCUUUCCUGAAAUAAACUCAGUGUUACGUAUCCGACUCCUGAUUCUGUUUCCUGGAUUCUGAGCUGACGAACUACAUUACAGUGUUUCGGAUUCGGGUGAUGAAAGCUCUUUGAGCGGCAAAAACCACAUGUCGCGACUGGCUAACCUGAGACACGGAACCUUGAUGGUUUCCUAAAGCGUCUGUGAUGUACCCUUAGGGUAUCCAUUCGACUACGAGGAUGCAGAACUUGUUAUGAUCUGAAAGGCUACAUGUAAUCGUUUGUAAUGUAAACGCUAGUCUAGCUUUCGUCCAAAACCGUAGAUUCGACAGCACGUAGCCACGACAAACGCCACAGAUCGACUUAUUCUUCCCCGAUCUCGUACCAGAACCACAAAUAUUUUCAAAUCAAGGUGCAGCCUAACUGUGAGGAAGUAGAAAAGUUUCUUAUUGACAUUUAAGAGAUCAGUUUUUCUCGGCCUUAGAGUCACCGGUUGCUUCGGGGCAUUUCUCU